UUUGUAAUUCAUUCGCAUUGCAGGGAGAAAAAAGAUAAUCCAUGAGAAAAUGACUGCAAAUAUGAAAUGUUUAGUAUAUAUUCUAAUUCUAAGAUGCUUUGCCGUAAGUGCAGCACCGACGAAUGGAGAUAAAGCAUUGGACAAUUUAUUCGAACGUAAAAUCAUAAAAAUAAUAGAUUUACAAGGAAUUUUGGGUGAUCUUGAAUUAAAUGCAACCUAUAAAAAUAUUAAUACACUAAAUAUUGCCAGCAAAACUAAUGAGAGUGUAUUUGAGGUCUUAGAGCAGCCAGAUCUUAAUGUAAAUAACGAGAUGCAAUCACAGAAAGCUCUGUUGGAUAAACACACAGCAUUUAUAGAACAAUUAAAAGCUCAAAUUGCGAUUCUAGAAGCUACAGUUCUCAACUUGAAGAAUUUGCUGAGUACUAAUUAUAAAUAUUUGGAUGAGAAUGAAGCGACUAGUUGCUUGGACUUCGAUAGCUGGGAGAGUGUAAACCUGAUAAAUGUACCGGGAAUCGCUCCAUUUCGGGUACUCUGCGAUGCUUGUGGAUCGGAAUUUGGCUGGAUUGUUAUCCAGCGACGUUUUGACGGAAGUCUUGGAUUCUAUAGGGAUUGGAAUUCUUAUCGCUUCGGUUUUGGAUUCUACGAUUCAGAGUUUUUCCUAGGUCUUGAAUAUAUACAUCGUUUGACGAUAUCACGUCCAUAUGAACUGUAUAUUGAGCUUGUUGAUUUUGAGAACAAGUUAUAUGAAGCUCGAUACGAUAAUUUUCUCAUUGGCAGCGAACAGGAGAAAUAUAUGCUAAAGAGUUUGGGAACAUAUAGCGGCAAUGCUGGAGAUGCCCUAAGUUACAAUCUCUACGACAAGUUCUCAACCUACGAUAGUGACAACGAUAAGUGGUUUAGUGGAAAUUGUGCCAACUACUUUGAAAGUGGUUGGUGGUUUAAUUCAAAUGCAAAUAGUAAUCUCAAUGGCAAUUACUUAAAAAGCGGAGAGAGCAAUAAAAAGGGUAUUUGGUGGUACCCACUCAGACGGUAUGGUUCGUUGAAAUCAGUGAAAAUGUUAAUUAGACCAAAGUAUACUCUAUUAUAAAUUUAUCAUUUAAAUUAAUU